GGAGGCAAAAUACCUGACGACAACGUUUGUCCUGUGGCAAGUUCCACCGACAUUUUGCCCCAUUUUCAUCGCAUAAAUGUCAAGAAUGAGAUAGUUGGCAUCGUAUUGACGUGCCAGAAUAUUUUCAGUGCAGGAUUUCAGUGCGUCACCGUAUUUUGAAUCAGGCUGAUCGUCGAUCACCUUGGUUGACAUUUGGCCUAUCCUAUAAUCAGUUAUUAUAGGUAUUGGCUUCAAAAAUUUCGCCGUGAGAAGCUUGACCCAGCGCUCCUAUGCCAUUACAUUAAAAAGGAACGAGGGUUGCCCAGAUACCAGUCCACUCUUCGUUCUCUUCUUUCUGACGGCUUUCAGUAUCAGUGUCGCAAUUCAAUGACGGAGGAGGAACAUAAAGAAGCUGUCUUCUAUCUUGGGCCCUGGCUCGUGGGCCUCUGCCUCGAUCUCUUCCUUCAGGGAAUUUUAUCAUCACAGUUCAGCAACUAUUAUUCAUGGUACGGGAAGACGGAUGGCAUCAAGCUUAAACUUGCCGUUGGAAUACUCGCCGUCGUCACGUCUCUGAAAUCCAUCCAGUGCUUCGCCAUCGUAUGGAUCCAGCUGAUCGACAAUUUCCUUGAUCUGCAGACCGCAGUCAAUUUGAGGUUCGUUAAGUGGUACCAAAUCGGCAAUCCUUUAAUGGUCGCGUUCAUUGGUUUCUACGUACAAAUGUACUUCUGCUACCGGCUGUGGGUGGUGUCGAAGUAUUGGUGGGUUCCCCUUCCUAUCAUCUUCCUUUUCCUGUUCGCUCUCAUUGCCGCUAUGGUAGUGACGCACUAUGUCGCAAUAUUCGAUCCCAGGUUGGCCAAUUGGCUGUCCGCCCAUUACGCUACCGUCUUUGUUGCCGACUUGUUAUUAUGUACAGCGACUGCCUAUUUCCUCUUGAAGACGAAAAAGAACGUUCUACCACAGACAGUGGGACUCAUUAAUGCCCUCGUCCGUCUGACUUUCCAGACCGCGGCACCGGCUGUUAUUUGGUAUGCCGCUAUUCCCGCUUACGAAACUUCUAUUGAUGAAACCAAACCGUCUUCCAGUGCCCUCCUCAACUUGAUAUUUAUAUACCUUCAAAGUGAUGAGACCAAGAGCAUUUCAAACGCCUUCAUUCAGGCCCUCCCCAAACUUUACGCCGUCAGCAUGAUGUGGACGUUGAAUUCGAGGAGGAGCAUCCGCGUUUCUCACGGAAGCGGAAAGAGCGGGAGUACUAGUAACGAGCCUUCUGGACCAAGGACCGAUUAUUCACGCUCUCGGAGGACCAGAGGGCCAGAUGAUAUUGCCAUGGGUAAUAUUCAGGUGGUUACUCACACUGAAACUGUCCGCGUUACCGAUAUGUUUGGCGAGGAAAAUCAAGUGAUUAAUGGGAAGCUAGGCAACGUCAUUGAUGAUGAAGAGUCGUUGAAGUCGUCUGUUCGCAAAAAUUGAAUCACUCCCGCCCUUUCUCCUCAAGAAUAUUGGCACUCUAGAUCUCCAACGUUCGAUAUUUUUUGUAUACCGAUAAUCCGUGACAUGAUAUAUCCAAUAUAUUUAUUUAGAUAAUUAACCUCGCCUGAGAGGGAAUAAACAUUAUUCUG